AUGCAAUGUUAUGGUCUUAUUUGUGUUUCUCCCGAUUCUCAAGAAAAACCAAUUCCUUUACAAAAUGUUAAAGUUGAAGCAAAUGUUGUUGAUAUGAUUGCUGAAGAAGAUAAAAACAUUGAAGCGUUGUAUAAAUUUCCAAUUUAUGAAGCUGCAGCAAUUUGUGAUUUUGAAGCAGAAAUUGAUGGCAAAUAUAAAAUUAAAGGAUAUGGUGAUGAAUCAGAUGAUAAUAAAGAAGCAAGGGAUAAAAUCUUGAGCUCCAGUUCUAUUUCCUUAGUACUUUGUAUUGUUUCGCCUUUGAUUUUUUUCUUAUAUUCCGAUCCUACAAAUUCGACAAAAUCAACAUUAUCACUCUGCAUCAAUGCUUGUUUAUGGUCAGAGGUGGAAGAAAUUGGUGUGGUAGAAGUUGAUAAUGUUGGUAACAAUUAUGGAGAUGACAAUAAUAUUGAUGGCAAUGAUGAUAUUAGUGAAUUAGAAA